AUGAUUGGAUUUCAUAACGAUAUAAAUAGCCACCAUGAGAGAGCCGAAGAUAAUAGCGGGGGAGGAGGAGUAACUAGCAAUGAAAAUGACCAAUCUGGAAUUAUGAUUGCUACGCCAACAACCACAACUGCAACAAAUUCGCAACCAUUAUUACAAUAUAAUAAUAUCAAUUCCGAAAAAACAUUUCAUCAACUAGAUCAACCUGGUCACCUCUACAAUCAUCAUCACGCGUACCACCCAUAUGUCUAUCCGACCCGACCGCUUGUCGAAACAAUGACACAAUCUCAUAGUAUGCCGAAUUUAUCCACCCGACAACAACGAAACAAUUUUCAAUACAUUCGCCAUAAUCUGGCCACCGGCGGACAAUUUGCAGUCAAUCUUCGCUUCGCUAAUGACCUAAACACCAUGACCCAGAAUUGGACCCUUGCCGAACAUGAAUCCCGAAGAAGAUUGGUUCGGUUUGAAUUUGAACAAAAUCAACAAGAUGGAAUGAAGACGAUUUAUUUCGAACCCAUUACUCCGGACCAAGUGGAGCUGUCGAAGCCGAUUAUAAGUUGUAUUCUCUGGCAGGAGAGAAAUCGAUAUAUCGCGACACUGGUGGAUAUUAUAUUGAUAUUGGAAUAUUUGGUGGCUCAGAGUUUUGGAAUUGAGGAGAAGAAUAGGAUAAGGAGGAAUUUACAGAGUUUGAAACCUAUAACUGUGAGUAGAUCGAAUGUAUGUGAUUGUGAUUUUUUUAAUUUGAUUAUGAGUAUGGAGAAUCCGAGACCACGGAAUAUUGAAAAGGAUUUGAAGGUUUUUAAUUGGGGGGAUUUGGGAAAGGCGAUUGCGAAGGUUAUGUCGAAGUAUUCGGUGAUUUUUAAUCAUCCGCCACCAAACACGUCGUCGUUGUCAUCCAACCAGAAGCAGAAUUGGGAGAACUCAGGUGGUGGUGUUGGUGAACCAUUUCAUCAAUCGGGGAAUAUUCCGGUAAGGGGUAUACAAUCCCGACUGAAUAUAUUAUAUUCAACCCAUAAUAUAAAUGAACCACGCGGGGUUAAUGUCCAAUUCAUAAACCCCUUCGCACCCACCGCCACUACCACCAGUUCCUCCUCCAUGAUUGGAUCUACCAGUAUGGAACACUCAAGAAGUUCAAGCAGUAUCCUAAACAUGCCCACUUCAAUUGAUAAUAGUUCUCCAAUCAAGAUGUUAGAACGGGCGAAUUCAUUUCCUGAUUCAUCAUCAUCGAUAUCAAUCCCGGCAAUGUCGAAUUAUACCCCAAUACGAUUUCCACGGGGUGAUUAUCACCAGAAUCAGAGGACGUAUUAUAAAAUCGUGAGUUGUUUUAAUAAUACUCAAGAGAAUCAGAAGGAGAAUCAAUCAGAGGAAGAAGUGGUGGAGACGGUUAAGGAAAAACUUCCAUCGAUUUCACAAAUCCUAAAACCAGAAUAUCAAAUCCCGGGGAUUUGUUUAUUACCUCCCAUAGAUGGAAAAGACAAAUUACCAUCAAUACGAAAAAUCGAACGUUGGAGUUCUCUAUAG